GCUGUAAAACAAGACUAUAUAAUCCCUGCUCUUCAAGAACUCAUUAACACUUCCACAGUGACAACAACAGACGAAGUAACAUACAACUUAUCCCACUGAGUCAAACCAUCUAUAUCAAUCAUGAACUGCAAACUGGUGGCCCUGCUCGCCAUAUUCUGUGCCGUCCUGCUGACAGACACUGACGCCCUCAGACUCCGCAUUCGGGGCAGACGUAUUUGGAGGAGGAUCAAGAAGCCUGUGUGUCGGGCAGCCUGCACCUACACAUGUACGGCGGUGACGUCAGGCUCGGCGGCACCCGUCUGUGGUGUAGGGUGUCGGGAAGCCUGCAACAGGAGGAAGAGAUCCCAAACUGAGCUUUUCCACGAGACCAAAAACCAAGUUGUCAUUCCUCUCCCCCGAGACUUCGACCUGUACGACACAAACAAAGAUGGCGUCAUCGAGGUGAUGGAAUUGGCCGAGUUGUUGUCGCUGGAACCGUCUCGGGAUGAUGUCAUCAAGGCUUUCUCUCUGGCAGACUUUGACGAUGACAACCAACUCAGUAAGGCUGAAUUUUCGGAGGCACCUUGGCUGUUUGAACAAGCAGAGGAUGAAAUCGAAGACAGUAAGGAACUGAGUGAAGAAGACAUGACGAUAGAGUGAGGGAUUUCUGGGAGAACUGAUGUCUGCAUCAAUAUUGCCGGUAUUUUGGAGAAAUACCGGUUUGUGAAUCAACUGUUGUAAAUACUCAACAACUUGUAAAGGUUAAUCCGGAGUCUUUGUUAACAGUUAUUUAUUUGUAAAUAUGUAAUAAUUUAUUGUUUUGUAUCGAGCUGUUAUCAACACCAAAUGAGGGACUUAUACCUCAGUCAAAUGCGUCGAAUAAUUGUUAAUACUAAUGAUUGUUAACAACGUGUAAUAUAUUGUUUUUAUAAGACAGAGUCGUAAGAGUAAUAGGAGGCCAAGUUAUAUUUGACCUUGCCGUAUAGGAGUGUGAUGUGGUAUUAGCAACACAGGUUUAUACAUUGUGCAUCAGACAUACUAUAUGCCAAGGUGUACACACAGUACAGGUUUCAUAAAUAAAGCUAUGAGAUC